GUUGCGGCCUUUAUUCAGGUAUAUGAAGAAUGACUUGAAACGAUUGCAGAACCGAUGCAGAAACAGAGAACAUGGCUGUAAUAUGGUUUGUUCACUUGAAUCUAUAGAUCUGCAUGAGCGGGAGUGUGAAGAUUGCUGGAUUCCAUGCAUCAAUGCCCGCAAGCAACAUGGCUAUGAUACAGAGCGCUUUGUUGGCUAUGUGAAUGAGGGACUUCUGUGCUACAUUUGUCAAGAUGUGCUGGUAAACCCACUUCAGGCACCUUGUGAACAUGCCUUCUGCAGUACCUGCAUCCACGGCUGGUUGGUGCAUCUCCAUAACUGUCCUGAGGACAGACAAUCACUUGAUGUUUCAGUGUUGCGGCCUUUAUUCAGGUAUAUGAAGAAUGACUUGAAACGAUUGCAGAACCGAUGCAGAAACAGAGAACAUGGCUGUAAUAUGGUUUGUUCACUUGAAUCUAUAGAUCUGCAUGAGCGGGACUGUGAAGAUUGCUGGAUUCCAUGCAUCAAUGCCCGCAAGCAACAUGGCUAUGAUACAGAGCGCUUUGUUGGCUAUGUGAAUGAGGGACUUCUGUGCUACAUUUGUCAAGAUGUGCUGGUAAACCCACUUCAGGCACCUUGUGAACAUGCCUUCUGCAGUACCUGCAUCCACGGCUGGUUGGUGCAUCUCCAUAACUGUCCUGAGGACAGACAAUCACUUGAUGUUUCAGUGUUGCGGCCUUUAUUCAGGUAUAUGAAGAAUGACUUGAAACGAUUGCAGAACCGAUGCAGAAACAGAGAACAUGGCUGUAAUAUGGUUUGUUCACUUGAAUCUAUAGAUCUGCAUGAGCGGGACUGUGAAGAUUGCUGGAUUCCAUGCAUCAAUGCCCGCAAGCAACAUGGCUAUGAUACAGAGCGCUUUGUUGGCUAUGUGAAUGAGGGACUUCUGUGCUACAUUUGUCAAGAUGUGCUGGUAAACCCACUUCAGGCACCUUGUGAACAUGCCUUCUGCAGUACCUGCAUCCACGGCUGGUUGGUGCAUCUCCAUAACUGUCCUGAGGACAGACAAUCACUUGAUGUUUCAGUGUUGCGGCCUUUAUUCAGGUAUAUGAAGAAUGACUUGAAACGAUUGCAGAACCGAUGCAGAAACAGAGAACAUGGCUGUAAUAUGGUUUGUUCACUUGAAUCUAUAGAUCUGCAUGAGCGGACUGUGAAGAUUGCUGGAUUCCAUGCAUCAAUGCCCGUGCGUAUCAAUAGGACAUUUUCAGUUACUGCUUGCAAGCAACAUGGCUAUGAUACAGAGCGCUUUGUUGGCUAUGUGAAUGAGGGACUUCUGUGCUACAUUUGUCAAGAUGUGCUGGUAAACCCACUUCAGGCACCUUGUGAACAUGCCUUCUGCAGUACCUGCAUCCACGGCUGGUUGGUGCAUCUCCAUAACUGUCCUGAGGACAGACAAUCACUUGAUGUUUCAGUGUUGCGGCCUUUAUUCAGGUAUAUGAAGAAUGACUUGAAACGAUUGCAGAACCGAUGCAGAAACAGAGAACAUGGCUGUAAUAUGGUUUGUUCACUUGAAUCUAUAGAUCUGCAUGAGCGGGAGUGUGAAGAUUGCUGGAUUCCAUGCAUCAAUGCCCGCAAGCAACAUGGCUAUGAUACAGAGCGCUUUGUUGGCUAUGUGAAUGAGGGACUUCUGUGCUACAUUUGUCAAGAUGUGCUGGUAAACCCACUUCAGGCACCUUGUGAACAUGCCUUCUGCAGUACCUGCAUCCACGGCUGGUUGGUGCAUCUCCAUAACUGUCCUGAGGACAGACAAUCACUUGAUGUUUCAGUGUUGCGGCCUUUAUUCAGGUAUAUGAAGAAUGACUUGAAACGAUUGCAGAACCGAUGCAGAAACAGAGAACAUGGCUGUAAUAUGGUUUGUUCACUUGAAUCUAUAGAUCUGCAUGAGCGGGAGUGUGAAGAUUGCUGGAUUCCAUGCAUCAAUGCCCGCAAGCAACAUGGCUAUGAUACAGAGCGCUUUGUUGGCUAUGUGAAUGAGGGACUUCUGUGCUACAUUUGUCAAGAUGUGCUGGUAAACCCACUUCAGGCACCUUGUGAACAUGCCUUCUGCAGUACCUGCAUCCACGGCUGGUUGGUGCAUCUCCAUAACUGUCCUGAGGACAGACAAUCACUUGAUGUUUCAGUGUUGCGGCCUUUAUUCAGGUAUAUGAAGAAUGACUUGAAACGAUUGCAGAACCGAUGCAGAAACAGAGAACAUGGCUGUAAUAUGGUUUGUUCACUUGAAUCUAUAGAUCUGCAUGAGCGGACUGUGAAGAUUGCUGGAUUCCAUGCAUCAAUGCCCGUGCGUAUCAAUAGGACAUUUUCAGUUACUGCUUGCAAGCAACAUGGCUAUGAUACAGAGCGCUUUGUUGGCUAUGUGAAUGAGGGACUUCUGUGCUACAUUUGUCAAGAUGUGCUGGUAAACCCACUUCAGGCACCUUGUGAACAUGCCUUCUGCAGUACCUGCAUCCACGGCUGGUUGGUGCAUCUCCAUAACUGUCCUGAGGACAGACAAUCACUUGAUGUUUCAGUGUUGCGGCCUUUAUUCAGGUAUAUGAAGAAUGACUUGAAACGAUUGCAGAACCGAUGCAGAAACAGAGAACAUGGCUGUAAUAUGGUUUGUUCACUUGAAUCUAUAGAUCUGCAUGAGCGGGACUGUGAAGAUUGCUGGAUUCCAUGCAUCAAUGCCC